UAGGAGUCCCGUAGCGCGGCGGACAAUUGGCCCAGUGUCGUCCGGGUUAAGGGGAUGGUUUGGCCGGGGGGGGUGAGGCCGUAAUUGUAAAAUAAGAAUUUGUUCUUAACUGACUUGCCUAGUUAAAUUAAACAAAUAAAUAUAGGUCCUUUUUAAGCUUAAAGGACAUAAAUCGACCUUUGUGGACGAUUGUCACCUGCCGCCACUGCAAGGCAUAUCGACAUCUGUAGGUGUAGUGGUGCGUGAUCUCUGAUGUUCAGGAAAUCGCACAUUUUUUUUUUUUUUUUUGCUCGCCUGAGUUCGACUGUGUCAUGCUAAAACCGCAGAGGAUACUAUUUACCAAGGCCCCCUUUUCCGAUUUAAAAAGAAAUGACCUUUCCUACAAGUCUCAGUAGUUUGGUAUUCUGGAUGCUUUCUUUCUGAAUGCACUACUACCUCAAUUACAUGUUAUUUGCUGUGAAAUGUAUUCCUUGUGUCACUCUUUUUUUUUUUUUUUUUGUUUUUUUUUUGUUACAUUGUUAGAAAAGGACCCGUAAGUAAGCGUUUCACUCGUAGUCUCACCGGUUGUUUAUGACGCGCGUGACAGAUAAAAUGAGAUGAUUUGAUCUUGUCUGUCAGUGAAUUAAACUCCUAGCCUGCUGUAUAUCUCAGCCUGGUCUCAUAGACUAAACGUAGCAUAGACUAGACGUACUAUGACACUCAAAUUAGUUUGACAUGCUACGUUUACUUAAUACAAAUUAAAGGAGUGUGCAUGUUCGACUCUCAUCACAGACAACUUUAGCAUUUGAGCUAGUUAGCAACUAAAUUCGUUUUCUUCUAUUUUGCAUGUUUUGUUAACCCUUCCCCUAAACUUAACCCUUCUCCUAACAUUGACCUUUUAGCUAGCCCUUAUCCUAAACCUUUAACCUAACUCCUAACCUUAACCCCUAGAGCUAGCUAAUGUUAGCAUUAGCCACCUAGCUAACGUUAGCUACAACAAAUUUGUGGAUGUCCCGUCAUGGGAUAUGAUAUAUUUUACGAAAUGUAAUUUGUAACAUUGUAGGAAUUGCACUUUCGUAACAUAUCAUACCAUGAUGGACACCCACAAGUUAAUACAAAACAUAACAUGUCAUACAGAAAUAGGGUGUCUAAAAAAUAAUAAUACGAUAUGCUCUGAGACCAGGUUGCAUCUCUACAGCUCUUUUAUCAGAAAACCCAAUUGUGGGUGUGGGGUACAAUUGGUAGAAUACAUAAAGGCCUGUUCUUCUAGUUUAAAUUCAUCACUGCACCCGUGCUAUCAUUUACACGAAAGAAUGUGACUGUCAACAUUUAAUUCAGACGACAGGGUUUACCUCUGAAGUUUCAUUGUUUACAUUAUGUGACUUACUCUGACGGGUGCUUAUGCCCGCACAUACAGGCGUUGUCAUAUGCCGCGUUCAAGACAACUCGGAAAUGUCCGACUUGCACACUCGUUGAAGAAAUGGUGCCGGAGUUUCCCAUUUGGAAAAUAUCAGAAUAGACCAAUAACGUACAUACAUUUUUAACUCGGAGAUACUGAGUUUCCAAGUUGUAUUGAAAGCACCAUAGUGGCAGCAUCUGUCAGUGCGAGCCUGUCUCCACACACACAUAGCGCUGAGAGAGACGCAGAUAAUCGUGAACCGGAUCAUCCAAGUUCAGACGCUUAUCACGCUCAGCGUUUUUCUUAACCAGCCAGUAUGCGAUGAGGUGCGUUCUCUCCGCCCGCUACAGCUGAAAACCAACGAGCAACAACAAUUCUAAAUAGUGUGGAAUUGUUUUCGCUGCAGUCAUGGCAGGCCUGCUUCGCCCGCUUUUAUUCGGCUCCACACUAUUUUUCCUACUGCCAUGUGAUGCCCUGCUGAGUGAUGGACCACCCACCUUGCUGUCCACCUCCCAGCCCUCUCCUCUGUCCCUCAUGGACCUGGACCAAGAUGUGGAGGAGCAGCCGGAGAGGAUGACCGUUCCAGGCAGCCCCACCACAGUACCAGGCCUAACCUCCCAGGGACAGGAGUCCUCGGGGUUAUUCAAUGACGACAACAAGCCUCUGCAGUCCUCUGUUCACCUCUGGGAUGAUGUCAGAGACCAAGUCAACAUCACUGGUCUAGACAGGAAGUCCCUCAGAGGUUACAGUCAGACCCUCUCCCAGACCUCCACCUCUCCUAUGGAGGAACCCAGACAGGGGAACCACACCUCUCCCUUCAAGGAUGCGGUGGAGAGGCAGGAGCGGGAGCUAUGGGAGAUGGAGAGAGAGUCCAGUGGCCUCCCCCUGGAGGCUGGCUACGGCCAGAACCAUAGCCUGCCUACCACCACCUCCAACACCACCACAUCCAACACCACCACCUCCAACACCACCACCACCCCCACCUCCAACACCCCCACCACCCCUGCUGCUGACCCUCUGGUUCCUGUAGACUCAACCACCUUAGACCCACAAUACGUCCCAGUGUACGGGGGUUCACAAUCAACUCCUGAAGACACAGUGGAGGUAGAGGUAGCAGAUGAGGAAGAGGAGGAGGAGAGGGAGAGUUCCACCCCUGAGCCUGAUGCCUCCACCUCCAGACCAACCCUCCCAGAGGUGGGUGUCUUCCCCAGCCUUGGGCCUCUCCAGUCGGACAACACCCAUACAGAAGACCAGGAGGAGGUGGUGGAAGAGGAAGAGGAGGCAGUGGUCCUUGGAAGACCUAGGAAUGACUCGGGAAGAGCAGGGAGAGGAGGGGACAUCUCUCCCCUGACCACAGCCCCCUUGGCGUCUCUGGCGCCCACGGUCGACGUCACGGAGGAUUCAGCGGUCCGUCUGGAGGACGAGGAGAUGUUCGCUGAGAAGGAGAUCCAGGAGGAGGAGAGGAGGCAGGAGGAGGAGAGGAGGCAGGAGGAGGAAAAGAAGCAUGAUGAGGAGGAGCAGGAGGUCAGGCAUGGAGGAAAAGAGCUGUUAACAGAGGCAGAGCUCCUCCGUGGUGCACACUUCUCACAGGAGAUACAGCAGGUGAUCUGUGUGGACUGGAGCGAUCUGGCUGGGAAGGGGUACGUCAUCCUCAACAUGUCAGACAACGUUGACUGUGAUGAGUUCCGUGUGGAGAGUGGAGAGCGGCUCUUGGAGCUGCUAGAGACAACCUUCUCUAGGAAGAUGAACAGUCCUCAGGGCUCCUGGCUCAUCUCUCUCUCUAAACCCACCAGACAGGACCACCAGCUGCUCGUCACGCUGACCAACGAACACGGAGUUAUUGCCACCAAGGAUAUGUUGUCAAUGUUAGGCGAAAUCAGGAGAGGUUUACACGAGAUUGGUAUCCAGAACUACAGCAGCGCUAACACCUGUCACUCCAGGCCCAGUCAGACUCGCAGUGACUACGGGAAGCUGUUUGUGGUCCUGGUGAUCAUAGGUUCUGUUUGUGUGGUCAUCAUCGCCUCUGGUCUCAUCUAUAUCUUCUGGCAGAGACGCCUGCCUAAAAUCAAGACUAUGACUCGAGGCGAGGAAUUCCAUUUUGUGGAGAAUGGCUGCCAUGACAACCCUACCCUGGAUGUGACGAGUGACGGGGGGCGGCAGCCAGAUAUACAGGAGAAGAAACAUCGCCACGCCAACGGACUGACGGCUGGGUCUGGG